AUGUUUUCUUUCUCAGACAUCGACGAAUGCGCUACCGGUGUCCACAGCUGUCAUCAACAUGCCGCCUGUACCAACACCGUUGGGAGUUACCGGUGUACGUGUGACAGCGGAUACACUGGGGAUGGUAGAACGUGUACAGCUCUCUGUUGGGGCUCCACAACCUGUCCACGUGGAGGGAUCUGCAGCAGCCCAAAUCAUUGCACCAGCUGUGACACUGGCUAUGAGUCGCCAGACUGUGGAAACAUAGAUGAGUGUUCCACGGACACGGACAACUGUCACGAAGACGCGAGCUGUACAGAUACUGACGGCAGUUUCACCUGUACAUGCAACGAUGGGCAUACUGGAAAUGGACUUCACUGUGAACGGAACGCCCCGAAUCUAUUAUCCUGCCCCGCUGACACACAUAUACCAGUGAACUCACCAGACGGAGGUCUCCUGGACUGGACCGAUCCGGAGUUCCGUUUCCAACCAUCCAACGAGCUGGCCAAUCACCAGUGCUCUGCUAACAAGGGAGACGCCGCUCCUAUUGGAACCCACAACGUGCAGUGUUGGGCAGAGGACUUUGCUGAUGGUACUACCUGUGACUUCGAUGUCAUCAUCGAAGCUCCUGAAUGCGAUGAUCUUACACCUCCUCUACACGGCGCAAAGACGUGUGGUGUGGCCGAAGGUGCUCAGAAAUACUGCAGCAUAAGCUGUCAAGACAGGUACGACUUUGCGAUAGAGCCAGCGGACAAUUAUCGGUGCGAUUGGUACGCUAUAUGGCAUCCAGCAGAGGACUUACCGUGGCCUGACUGCUCUCGUUCCUACCGCCCUCCGCGUGCCCGGCAAAAGAACGAGCUUUACUACUACAGUGGUUCCUGCGCCUUUAACGAAGAAGACAUCAAGAGAGACCUCCUACGGCUCUACGCGGACCUGGGUGACUGCAGUGCUGGGAUCAGAUGCGGAAUCUCCGACAUUGAGGUCACCUGUGGACUGAAUUCCAGGAAACGUCGGGACACUCCAAGGGACACAGAACUGAGGGAGCACAGCGUAGAGUUCGUUGUCAAGCGAUCUGCAUUAGGUAACACUAUCAAAAUAGAGUUCGUGACCGAGGCAGAGUCCCUUGCGGAGGAACCAACAGCCACUGACCAAUCGGACGUCAUCGGCGCACUGGACAACAUGUACUUUGAGAUUCGCGCCAGAGUAGCAGCGAGGACAUUCAACCUAGAAGUAGGAGGGGAGUCGCUAGAAGCAGUCAACUAUGUCGGUCUCCUACCCACCUUCGACAUCCACUGUGAGGAUGGACAGAUAGAGAGGAUAGAAACCUUCGGAGCCGUUUGUAUCAACUGCCCCGUCCGUACCUACUAUCAAGACAACACCUGCCUACCGUGCCCACCUGGCUGGUAUCAAGACGAGGAGGCCCAGACAGAAUGUAAGGUCUGCCCUUCGCGAGGGAACCAUACAGAGGGAUGUGAGGAAGAGCCUGACCACUGCUACUUUAAUCCAUGUCUGAACGGUGGUACUUGUAAUGACUUCGUGGGCUUCUACAACUGCACUUGCCCGGAUUCAUUUACUGGGUUCGACUGUGAAGAAGACGUCGACGAAUGCGCCGAAGGAAUAGACCUCUGUCAUGAAGCUGCUACAUGUACCAACACACAUGGGGGCUACAACUGUACUUGUGAUGAUGGGUACACAGGAGAUGGGUAUACAUGCAUUGACGACGACGAGUGUGCUCAGGAGAGUACCUGUGAUGAACAUGCCACCUGUACCAACACACCUGGGAGCUACACCUGUGCUUGUAAUGAAGGAUACACUGGAGAUGGAAACACUUGCACAGAUGAAGACGAGUGUGCCCUACAAACGGACACCUGUGACGAACAUGCCACUUGUACCAAUACACCUGGGGGCUACACCUGUGCCUGUUUGGAAGGAUUCAGUGGCGAUGGAUACACAUGUACAGAGAGAUGCUCUUCAAACUUUAAGUUUUGGAACGACGCCUGCUACUUCCUCUCGCCGAAUAGAAAGACAUUUGUGUCAGCCGAAAGUGACUGUGACAGACGUGGGGCGAAACUAGCGGUGGUGCUAGACUUGGCCACCCACCAACAUCUGAUUGACAACGCGAAAAACAAGAGGAACAUCUGGAUCGGACUGAGUGACCGUGGGCAAGAGGGUGAGUUUAAGUGGAGCAAUGGUGCCGAUCUCGGGUCCUUCCACCCCUGGAGGGGUGGGAACAAUCCACGCACUGACUGUGUGGCCAUGAUGAGGUGGGGGAGGUCGAGGACCUAUAAGUGGAGAGUGAAGCUCUGUGCGGCAAAGCUCAACUAUUUCUGCCAACAAACUUUAACUGCUGCAACCAGCCCCUAGGGCAAGGAUUGGAAGUGAGUAGCAGGGAUGGGCAACAUUGAGACCAAUACUGAGAC